GAACAAUGGAACCACAUCUAAAUGCAGCCUCCAUUCUCAGAACCACCAGCAGCAACAUACCAUAUUCUUGUCUUCCUCAACCAUUCCUGUCUCUUACUACAAGGAUGCUAUCUUCUUCUUCAUCUUCAUCUUCUUCAACAACCCCUUCAUCUGAAACAAGAACAGCUUACUCUUCUUCAAGCCCUAACCCUUCAUUCAAGAACCUUUCUCUAUUCUCCAACAAUCAUUCUCUUCAAAGUAUGACGCUUUCUAAGUGUUUCUCUCACUCUGGACCCACUUAUGCAAUACCGGUUUCUGGGUUGGUUGAAUCUGGUGAAGUAGAGUCUCUUGUCGUGGUUUCGUUUUAUAAGUUUGCGGAUUUCCCUGAUCAUGCUGUUUUGCGUGUGCCCUUGAAGCAAUUAUGUCAACAAUUGCGUGUUUCAGGCGGUAUCAUUCUUGCGCCUGAAGGAAUUAAUGGCAGCCUAUGCGGCACGCGGGAGUCGGUGGAGAAAGUUCUUGCAUUUAUUCAGAGUGAUGAUCGUCUGAAGGGGCUAAGACGUAUUGAAUCGCCUGUCAGUCCUGAGGAGGAGGCCAUCCAUCAAGGUAAUCAUGGACACAGUGCCAGUUCUCCUCUUGCUGCUGGGGAAGACACACCUUUCCGAUGGGAUCAUGUUAGAGUCAAGUUGAAGAAAGAGAUUGUCACUCUUGGGAUGCCUACGGUAUCACCUAUUGAAAGGGUUGGAAAAUAUAUUGGCCCAAAGGAAUGGAAUUCUUUGAUUAGCGAUCCUGAUACUGUGGUAAUUGAUGUGCGGAAUAACUAUGAAACAAGAAUAGGAAAGUUCAAAGGAGCAGUUGAUCCUUGUACGACAUCAUUUCGUGAAUUCCCCUCUUGGGUUGAGGAACGUUUUGAGCUUACCAGAAAAGAUGUUGAGCAUGCAAAAGAUGAUGUAAACCAUUCAGACCAAAUUGCUGAAAAAGAAAUGAAGAAUCAGAAACAACAUUUGCCACGUGUUGCAAUGUAUUGCACCGGGGGUAUUCGUUGUGAGAAAGCUUCAAGUCUACUUCUCAGCAAAGGUUUCAAAGAGGUUUAUCACCUGGAAGGUGGAAUCCUGAAAUAUCUUGAGGAAGUUCCAGAGAGACAAAGUCUUUGGGAAGGAGAGUGCUUUGUUUUCGACAAGAGAGUCUCUGUCGAGCAUGGUUUGGCACAAGGAAAUUUCAAGCUGUGCUAUGGUUGUAAGCAGCCUGUGAGUGACACUGACAUGGAAUCCCCAGAAUAUGAAUAUGGAGUCUCCUGUCCUUACUGUUUUGCACAGAAAUCAGAAGAAGAAAAAGAGAGGGCUCGAGCUCGACAAAAACAAUUUGAGAGAUGGGGGAUCAUAGGUGGUCCUGAUAAGGGCCGCCGGCCGACACAUAAACAGGACAGUGCUAGCAGGGAUGAAAAUCAACUUUCAAAGUCUGUUUAACAUAUCUCUCUCUCUCUCUCUAGCAACUUAUUAUGCUAGAUCCAUUGCAGAAAUUUUGUCAGAGAUAUUAUGCUUUUACAUUGUAUUCCCACUUAGAGAUCCCACCUUCCUCAGUCACUUCUGGCAACAUCUUGACAAACAAAACCCUUGAAUUUAGAAAAAUGUUUGUGGACACUCAUUUAUUUGGUAUUAUUUUUUUUGUAUUUAUAUUAGAUCUAGUUUUUCUAUUUGUUUUUUCUCUCAUCUCAAGUUAAAUCAAUAUCAAAUGAUGUAUUUUGUAUGGUGUCAAAUACGUUGUUAAGUUUUGAUUGUUCAAAUAACAUUCUGUUAAAUAUAUCA